AUGUGGAUAAUGCAUGAAAAAGAGCAAAUUAAUUUUUUGAAAGAGGCCAAUUUCAAAUUGCUUUGUGGUCUUCACAGCGAAAUUGAAAGGUUUGUUGGGAACGGAAUACCGGAAUUUUUUGUGGUCGCUGUGGAGCAGAUGAAUGACAAACUGAUUCGUUUACUUCGAUACAUACCUGAAAUUUCAAAAACUAUCGCCACUAUCAACAGCACCAGUGGCAUCAUUAUCACCAUUGUCGUUACCGUUACUAUCAAAACAAUCAGUAUUUCUACGUAUCAAACGAAGAGACAAGAAAAAAUUAAUUUUUUAGUCUGUAACUCGAGUCCAAAAUAA